UAUAGCACAAGUACUUAAUCAACUUCACUCGUUUCACUUGUGGGCAAUAGUACUCAUUUAAAACGAUAACCAUUUGUUGAUAAAGGCCUUGUACGCACAGUAUCACUUCAACGGAGAUCAGGACAUGCUGGAUAGAACGUUUAUCUAGUUUUAACCCGAACGAAAAAUGAAGAAAAAAUUUAGGGAAAUCUUUAAAAGUUGCAUCGUGCGCUUGAUGGGUCCAUUUGAGUACUAAGCAUAUAUUACGCGCGUGAUCCGCAUGACAAGGCACGAAGCUUAAAAAACUUUACGUGACAGCUAAGACCGAUUUCGACUGAUGUACUACAGUUCACGUGACUUUUGGAAAUAUUUAUUAAGGUAGGCUUCAUUUGUGAACAGUAUCAGUUCGUCUGUCCUUUCACUAGAAACAACUUGUGCAGUUUACACAAGCCUUCAGUCUCCUGUCUCGAAAUAACCCAGCAUGGCUGAACCUCCAAAAGUGGUGGGUCUUAAUGUUGGUGGCCAUAUUUACACCACAACGCUUUACACUGUCACUCAGUAUUCCGACUCAAAACUAGGGAAGCUUAUUAGUUCAGAGAACCAAGUACCCAGGGAUCAGAAAGGGAACUACUUCAUAGACAGGGAUGGUGUGCUGUUUAAACACGUCCUCAACUUCUUGCGCACGAAAAAAUUAAUCCUUCCAGACGACUUUCAGAAUUUCGAACAGCUUGAGAUCGAAGCCACUUACUAUGGGAUUAAACCGUUUGAAGAAGAGGUUCAAAAUGCGAAGAAAAACAGAAAGCCCAUUAGCUCCGGCCCAGAGAUUCUACGGCUGUUCUACAGCUCGAAGACCCAGCUAGUGUUGGCUGGUGGUUUGGCGGUUAUUCAAAGGCUCGUUCCUAAUGUGCGGAUGUUGGGUGGGAAUAUUCUAAGCGGCUCUGCCUACAACUUCAGCACAAACAAUGGAAUCGUGGAAGGAGGGCAAGCUAAAGUCCCGAUUAAAUUGGAGCAGUUAGAUGCUUUUCUACAACAUGUUCUCAAGGAGGGUUUUGAGGUCAAGAUGUCAAAUUUCUUUUUAGAUGGUCACGCAAGUCAAGCCUGGGUAUUUGUUCGUAAGUAAUGCCUCAAAGGAAGACUCUUGCAUGAAACUUUUUUAACGAAAGAACUUAUAUUGAAUGGUAGACUUUGAAAUCACUUAACUUUUCUGAGGAAGGCACAUCUCGUCUUUUGACAUGUCUAACUAUAAACAUGAAUUGCCAAAUCAA